AUGGGUUCAACAACGACAGAACCAUUAUGUGUCCUGUUGACGGGCGGUGGCACGGGAAUAGGUGCAAGUGCCGUCAAGUAUCUGGUCAAGGACUACAAAGCCAAUGUAGUAGCGUUGACUCUUGGAGUCAACGACGAAAUCAAAGCGCUGGAAAAAGAGUACGCGGAAUCAUUUGUCUUGCAUAUGGGCGAUGUGACCAAGGUAGAAGAUGUAGCAGCUGCAGUCCAGACUAUGUCAGACAAAUUCGGUCGAAUUGACUCAGUCCUGGUGUGUGCUGGGCUGGAACCAGCGCCCAAACGGAUACGAAACUUGGAAGCCUCCGAGAUGCUACAGGUGUACAAUGUCAAUGUCAUCGGAGCUCUCUACGCCUUUCAGCAGUCACUCCCGCUGCUUGAGAAGUCGACCCAGGCCCGGCCUCGAAUCAUCAUGCUGUCAUCAACGGGCGACCAAGGCCACCGAAGUGGCCGGGUUGCCUAUUGUGCUAGCAAGGCUGGCAUGAGUCGCCUGAUCGAUACCUUAGCGCAUGAGGAGCGAGGGUUCGAUGUCUACGGUGUCUAUCCUGGUCUAACCGAGACUCCGCUCGCGAAGGGCCUUCUUGAGGGCAAGUACAACGAUAUCUUGUUCCCGGAGGACCAGGUGUUCUACCGCCAGUCAGUAGAGGACGGCACCGUCGACCCUCCGGAAUACUGUGGCGAGGCAUCAGCGAAGUUGGCAGUAUGGAAAGCCGACGGGUUACCCGGCAAGAUAGCCAGCUACAGCGAGCACGUUCCCGAGUGUCGUUACGGGAUAUGGUGA